AUGCGACGGAGAUCACAGAGUGAGGGCUCGGGCUCAAGGGAGUGUGUUCACAAUGCAGCAGAUGAGGAGCAAGACAAGGAGAGUCAAGACACUUGCUCCAUCCGUUCCCUCUACCAUGAGAUCGACGCUCUCUUGGAAAAACGCGAGCAGGAUUCACUAGCAGACGACAUCAACAAGGCCUUCUGUCAAUCGCUCACGCCGGAAUGGCAUCUGCGAGACAAGAGAAAAGUGCUAGCACUUGUGCAGCAAGUCGAAGGCUUUCAGUUCUAUUCUUCAUUGCAAGACAAAGAUCAAAACCAAGCUCUCUGGUUCAAACUGUUGCAGAAAUGUACAUUCUAUCACAACCUGAGGAAAGAUGAAUUUCUUCUUAACAAGGACGAGGCUUGUGAUUUCCUCGACAUCAUUGUCUAUGGCUCAGUGCGAGUGGAAUGCAGAGGAAAAGGAGGCGAACAAGAGGCCGAGCAACAUCUCCUCCUCCCGGGCGACGCGUACGGGAGCCUGCAGUCAGACGAUGGUCAGGCAUCACCUUCAGAGGUUCAAGUCUUUCACGAUCAGAGCGGGGUGGUAAGGAUAUCGAGGGAACUCUAUCGCUCCUGCUGCUCGGACCUGGUCAAGGAAUACUCCUCCUUCCUCAGAUCCACCAAGUUGUUUGAGAAGGUCCGACACUGCAAGGCUGGUGAGGUUGUUGUGAGAGAAGGAGACUCUCCGUCCGAGUUCUUCCUCAUCCUCCGAGGGAUGUGCCGAGUGAUCAAGAGGAUAAGCAAGGAGGAUCCUCCGCGCAGCAGCAUGUCCAGCCCGAGCAACGCAAGAGCGAAGGGGAUGGAGGAAAACGAGCACGCGAGGAGAAGCGACGGGUCUAUGGGGAUCAAGCGGAGCAGCAGUCAAGCGCCCGCGGGUUUGAGCAGGAGGGAAGGAGGGGCGAGGACGGAGCUAAGGAUGCCUGCGAGUCCGACGUCCCUUGAGAAGUACAGGAGAGCGACAAGGCAUGUCGAACUUCGGCAGCUGCUGAGGGGAGACUUCUUCGGGGAAUGGUCGAUGAUCCACAAGAAGCGAAGGUCAGCUACUGUCGUCGCAUCGUAUGAAAGCGAGUUGCUGGUGCUUUCAAGAUCGUCGUUUCUCAAGCUUGUGGAGGGAGGGUUGUCAGAGCGAUUGAAAGAGCUAUGUGACGACAUGGAAUACUUGUUCGAUGACGACGACAUUCGAGAAGACCUCAGACGGAACAUGAUGUGGGAGGAUUACAGGAGCAAGGCAGUACAUGAUUGCGUGUAUCAUUUACAGAAAUAA